GGGGGUGGUUCUUUGGAAGUGGAGCAGCACAGAGCCAGGGUCCUGGCUGGGGCCCUUAUCUUCUCAGAGUUGGUGUCACUAAAGUGUUCAAGAUAGGCAAGGAGUCAGAAUGGGAGGAUGUGCACCCAUACAGCCUGAGUCAUGCCUGCUCCAGGUCCUUGCCCUGGUAGCCCUUGGGUCCCUGCUCUGAGGCCACCUCAUGUGUACCCACGAGAAACCUUUUCAGAAAGCAAAGUGCAGCUCAGUGGUUCAGUGCUUGCCUAACAUAAAAGUGUCCCUGGGUUCCAGCCCUAGCAUGGUAGGAGCAGGGUGGAGAAAAAGCCAAAUGCAGAGGUUUUUACAUUAUGAAAUUAGCCUCAUAAAUCAGAACAACCAUAAAAGGAGAAAGAAGGGGGAAAAAAUCAGUUCUAGUUUUACCACCCAGAGGUAACAGCCUUCAAUAUUUUGGACUAAUUCCAUCCAGUCUUUUUUAGCCAUGAGGCAACUAUUAUCUGACUACAGGCAGCAUUUCCCUUUGACCUUGUGACAGAUCUUUCCCUUAAGUCUUAUAAACUGUAUGAACCCUCCCCUAACAGCUGCAUGCAUUCUGUCCAGGGGCCAUUCCAUAACUCAUUGAUCAUUUCUCUGUCAACUGACAGACACGAAGUGGAUGAGCCCAGGAGCUCCUAUGCAUGCAAAGGACACAGAAAUCCCUCUUUGACAGGGAGCUAGAGUUGGUGUCACUAAAAUGAGGGCACAAAGAUUGGUUAUUAAAUUUGCAUGCUCUGUCCCCUUCCUCUUAUGCCCAGAGCCUGACUCCAUUUUUCUAGGGGUAGCAGUGUUGUGCGGUGGGAGGAACCAUUUUCACUCUGCAGGUGAGUAGGCGGCCAGCAGCGUAGCUCGUGAGUCGAGCGGCCUCCUGAGGCGCGCGUGUUGCUACCGUUCUGGCCAGGCCUAUGGGUGGCCACCAGCGGGUUAGGUCCAGAGAUGGCUUCCAGGAGGCCAGGUUCCCCAAAACCCAUAAGCAAGGACUGGAAGAGGUCGGUUCCUCCGGGAAUGCACUGGCCUCUCAAGAUGCCUGGGGCUACUUAUGUGGCGAGAGCCAAGCGCCGUUUCAAGCUGUCCAUCCCGGAUAUAUACCACAGCCGGCUGCUGGCCUCUCUCGAUCCCCUGGCCUUGGACAAGGAGGCUCCGCAGAAGCCUGUGAAACAGGAGAUAAUGUCAGAGGAAAGGUUCUGGGGCGACCACCAGCCCCUCUCCAAGAUCCCAUUUAAAAUUCUGAGCGGGCAUGACCAUGUUGUGAGUUCCUGCCACUUCUGCGUGAACGACACCAAGCUCCUCAGUGGCUCCUAUGAUCGCACUGUGAAACUGUGGGAUGCCAUGGACGGAUCUGUGAUUCGGGAUUUUGAGGAAGGGCCCUCAGCUCCUGUUACAGAGUGCAGCAUCACAGCUGACAGCAGAAGAAUUAUUGCAGCAUCCUAUGACAAAACAGUGAGGACUUGGGACCUUGAAACAGGCCAGCUGCUGUGGCAGACCAACCAUGAUUACUUCAUAGUGUCCUGUAAGUUGUCUCCUAACGGCAAAUAUGUGGCCUUAAGCUUGGAUGUGGAUCGUGGAAUCUGCAUAAUGGAUGCGGAAAACACCACCAUUUUGGCAAACAUUAAAGAUCAUCACAGAAGAUCAAUCAUGGCAUGCUGCUUUGACCCUGAUAGCCAGAAGUUGGCUUCUGUCUCGUUGGAUAGGUCCAUCAAGAUCUGGGAUGUCACAUCCAAAGCCACACUGCUUACCAUCACAAAGGCACAUGAAAAUGCAAUCUCCAACUGCUGUUUUACCUUCAGUGGCCAUUUCCUGUGUUCCAGCUCCUGGGAUAAAAAAUUAAAAAUAUGGAAUGUCCAUACAGGGGAGUUUCGAAACCGUGGAGCCUGUGUGACUCUAAUGCAGGGCCACGAAGGUUGUGUGAGCUCCUGCUGCUUUGCCAGAGACAACUCUUUUCUCAUUUCUGGAGGGUUCGACAAGUCUGUGGCUAUUUGGGAUGUAGGAGAAGGCUACCGGAAGCUAUCCUUGAAGGGCCAUGAGGACUGGGUAAUGGAUGUUGCUAUCAGCAACAACAAGAAAUGGAUCCUAUCUGCUUCGAAGGAUAGGACCAUGAGACUAUGGAAUAUUGAAAAGAUCGACCAAGUUCCUUUGGUAAUUGAGAACCAAAAGGCUAUGGGGACUCUAGUGAAACAGUGCGAAGGAUGUGACAGGCCAUUUUCCACCUUGGAAAGUGACAGCUCGUUUGAAAUAGUCACCAAAUGUAUCUUCUGCCGGAGAGAUGCGAUGGACUUGCCAGCAGCAGCUUCAUCAUCAUCAGAAACAGAGAACAAGGAGGACUGAUGGCCACUGGGCCCUUUCAUUGACUUGAUCAUGGGUCACCUGUCACCCAGGUUGUGGGGCUCUCUGCAGGGAUCCUUCUCAGGGUCCCUCCCCACCUGAGUGGGCCUGUGAGACUGGGGUAGGGGCCAAUCCCUGGCUGGGCUCUCAGUGCAGGGCCACCUCCUCAGCUCCACAGCAUCCUUGAGGGUUGAACACUUCAGUUUCCAUGCAGAAUAAAUCUAGAUUCCUUUGGAAAACAAGUGUGCAUAUGAAUUGUAGAAGCAGUUUGCUAUUUCUAAGCUUAACAUCCUGGUGUUCAUUCUGUCUCAUUUUGGGGAUGCGUUAUGGACUCCUAUUCUGGAGUCUUGGGCCUCUGGGACUGGUAUCACCAUUUCCCGAGGAUGGGUUUGUCAAAUGAACAUGAAGAUGUGUGGGGGUCCCCCCUCUGUGAUUGAGGAUGGCAAGGCAUUGUGGCUUAUAUGGUUUGACUAUGAUUUGUUCCCUAAGAGUUCAUAUCCUGGAAGCUUGGUCCCCAAUGGCGGACACAUCAAUACCUGCUUCUUGGAAGUGGGUUAGAUAUCAGGGGACUGAAUUUGCUACUUCAAGAGCAGAUUGUUAUAAAGUUAGGCCACCCCUGUGUUUGGUUUCUUCUACAUGUGCUACUUGCUGUUCUUACAUGUGCUCCUGUCAUGUGAUGCCACCUGCCAUGUUAUGACCAUAUGAAGCACUAAUCAGAUGUCACUGCAUGAUCUUGAACUUUCCUGCCUCUAGAACCA